ACUUAAGUCCAACGGUGCACGCAUUUUUCUCACAUAUUCCUCGAAACUACCUAGGACACAAUGAGAUUCUUGGAAGCGCGAUUCAUGCUUUUCGCUUUCGCUGUUCUUUCCGAUGUUUAUUGUUCCGAUGAUUUGGACGCUGUGUAUGUCGGCAAGGUCGGUGAGAGUUAUGUAGAUUAUCAAAGCUAUCAAGAUCUCGACACGUUUCUUUCCGUGGAAUGCGAGAAACACGAGGAGUAUAGCGAGUGUUUCGGGGAUCGGACGUGCCAGAAAACGUGCGAGAAUAUGGAUCAGUGGGAAAAGAUGAGUUGCGCCAGGAGGAAAGUCUGCAUUCGCGGUUGCAUCUGCGAGGACGGCUACGUACGGGAUAAUUACGGCGGCGUCUGCAUCAGGGAAAACAACUGCCCCAGAGUGAGACAUUAACUUUGCGAGAAGCAGAACGAGAACGUCAAAAGUUAAUAAAAGAGUCCGCGUGACUUGUGUGUAAUAAACAGGCGAAAAGAAUUGAUUAUGAGAUGCGGAAACGAGCGAAAUUUAUCGAGCUUCAUUAAUACAAAUGUGCUUUUAGGAACCACUCUUUUAUGUACUAUGCGUAAUUAAUUGCGAGUGAUUCAACGCAAAUGCAUCUUGUGUCAACGUCUCGAAAUAAAAACGAUCGUCAGAAAAGAAUACCACGAUAUAGUUUAAAUUGGAUAAAUUAUACAUUCCUCAAACGUGUUUGCGUACAUCGACGUUGCGUUCGUGCACCUGCGUAUACAUGCAUUCCGUACGAUAAACGCGUCUCGCUGUUUAGCAUUCGCUUACUCAGAACUGCAGGACUCGAUAAAAGGUAAAAGGAACACGCAAGUAUAAGCUUUAUCGUACCGCGAGCCAUUUAAAUUCCAUUUCAAAUUCACUGAAGCCUGAAGCGAAGCCGCCCCACUCGUAGACUUUCAUAUGGUGCAUUUCUACUAAUCGAGAGACACGGCGAGAGGGACCUAACGCGGCGCGUGUCUUUGGCAAAUAAUUUCAAGAGCCGGGUGCGGUUAAUUAUGAAAAGGAAAGGUAAGAUUUGCGAGGAAUUUCGAAUUUUUAUCGACCUUUAUUUCUUUUCCCACAGGACGACUUUUUUUCUCGCGGCUCUACGCCCGUCGAGAGGAAAUGUCUCGCUGAUGGCGGUCGAGAGGGCGAAAUUCCAUCGCGAUGCAACGCUUGACAAAAUCCCACGUUGCUCCUAACUCGCACGACUUGUCGAGAUCCGGUGUCGGUGGCAUCGUGUAACCACGCGCACGCAUACAAACCAGCCAGUCUUCGUACCACGCGCGCGCGGUCGUUGCUGUUAGUCCGCUCCGAUCGGCGGUGGUGAUGCGAGCGAGCGAGCGAGCGGGGCGGGGCGGGGCGGGGCGGUGCGGCUGUUUCUCUCUUUUCCGUGACUUCCUCCCGUGCGAGGCAGGCGAGGCCAGCCUCGGUCGGCCUCGGUCGUCCUUGCCCCUUUUGCUAGGCAGCACGUCCGUUACCAUCUACUAGCUGGCGCGAAAACAUCAACUCAUUCCCAACGGAUUAGAAAGGCUCGCCAGCCUUUCGGGGCCUCGGGUAGCGAUGGGUACCGAUCCAAUUCUCUCGGUGACGGAACACAUCGGAAAUCGGACUACGCUCUACGCGCUAUCGUAAUGAACUUUCGAUCAACUUUUUAGGGACAGAGGAGAAAACAAAUAUGACCAAAAAAUGGUGUGGCUUGAGGACGACAGAGAGCAACGGGACUGAGAAUUUACGGCGUGCUGCUAACAUUUUGAAAUAUGGACUCUGCCGAGGACCAAAUGCACGUUUAGGAUCAGAGUGCUUGAUUUACAACCUGUUUCAAACAGAUCAAGAUUACGGCUGAAAAAAAAAGGACGCAAUGUUAACUAAUAAAAUACAAUGUAACCAUGAUGGAGGAGAACCUUAUCGACGAUUAAAUGAUAAUUGAUGAAAAAUCACGGUUGAUCCCAUCGCUAGCAUGGGGGAAUCUUCUCUCUCCUCGUCUCUCACGAACCAUUCACGCGUAGGAGGGAAAGUUACCGGGAAUUUCUUCCUCCCUCCAUUCUCCUCUCUUCUCUCCUGGCAUCGCGUUUCCUUCGGACACCUCGACGGAAGCUGCGACCUCGGCGAUCGGCGCUUGGUCACGAAAACGAACGAACGGAACAAAGCAGGCGCGUGCUUUUUGUCAAGCGCGCGCCGGAAGGGCCGGCAGGAAACGUCCGUAUUGCAGGUCUUUGUUCUUCCGCAUUUGGCAAAUCUCCCAACGUGCGCCAAUCGCCGAUCGGCACCUCGGUAAAUGUACAAGUAGCCCAUAAAUGCACGAGGGACGAUAAGCAUGCUGUGCGAUGAAUCACCUGCAUCGUCGUUGUCACCGGAUUCACGACAGCCGUUACGUUGCCCAUCACCUCUCGGAAUCUUUUCGACCGCGCAACCGGAUGUAUAAGAUGAAACGAAGACGAAGCGAGAUGUAAAGAGGGUAAAGAAGACCUCGCAUUCCUUAGUCAUUAUGAAUGCGAUAUAGCCACGACGAUUUAUAUAGCGAUGGAUUAAAAAUGAAAUGUGAUCGACAACCGAGCCGAGUCUUUACCGACGUAAUAUAUUCUUGCACUUUUUUCCUCAUUCAUUGUGCCACAAUUUAUAUAGACAUGUGCAAUUUGUGCCGAAAGCACAAAGAUGUUUGCGAGCGUGACAAAUGUAUGUCCUACACGUGUGUCUGAAGCGUGGAGAGUUUAAAGAAUUUGUUUCCAUCGAUGAAGCGGAAAAAGAAGAUCAUUACGGGGCCAAAGUUUCUUCAUCGUGAAUAUUUUUGCAUUAUCUACACGCCAUCGUUUUAUUAUGUAUGUAAUGUUUGAUAAAUUUUGUAAUUGUUUUUUUUUUCUUCUUUAUUAACAUAACCGCGCGUUCGCGUUGCGCAUACCGACGUGCAUUAUCUUCCGGAACGUGUUCAGAGACGCAUUUCUGCAAUGAAAGCAAAAAAAGAACAAAAAGAAUGUCGUGUAAUGAUUCAUCGAUUAAUCCUUGCCCGGUCUUGGCUCGUCCCGUUUGUCGCGUUAACAUCCAAAUUGAAUAGCUAUACGAUAUAAAAAUGUACAUUACGUCAUAGAAUAUAUCCGAGCGAGAAGGCAUUGCGGUUACUCGUCGAGAUUGCUUGAUUUAUUCAAGUGUCGGAAACUGCAUCGGCUUAUUAGAGGAUGUAUAAAAUACGAGCGCAUAGUUGCAACCGCGAUAUACUCGUCCCCUUGACCGCUCCCACCCUCCGCCUCUAUGCCCCUCUAUCCUCUCCCCGCAUCGCGGUACCGGUCUUUCGCCGUGAAACCGAUAAAUUAUGCAUUCCAUUAUUCAUGCUCGCUCGCCAUAAUCAUGUACCGGCGGUUGACAAGAUCCUGUCAUGCUUUACAGGCCUCUCGGCUCCGCGUUUGUUUGCUACUUCGAGGUAAGGAGGACCGUUUACGGCAGUGACUGUGAGCUAUUCAAUUUACCAGCUUGAAUACGGCUAAGCUUUGAGGAUGCAAGGAUCGUAGGAUAGAAGAAGACGCGGAAGAAGAGACGCGGAACGCCCGUCUAGUUGAGUCCGCGCGAAACUCAAAAGACCAAAAAUGCCGGAAAGUAAUAAAUUAUUUAUAAGCUACACUCUCUUAAGAGGCUAUCGCAAAGUUUCACGCUCGUCUUUCUCGCACGCUCAUGCUCGCAUAUUCGAAUCAAGUGCUGGAUGUAAUUGUAAAAUAUUUAAAACGAAGGAUACCUUGUACGAGCUAUUAUUGCGUAUACAUCCCUCGUUUAAUUUAUUGUACAGAUAAUUAUUGCAGAUAAAUAUAUAAAGUUGCUUAUCGUUGGACGCGAUGGCAAUUGAAUAAUA